GUUCGUCGGAGGCGUGGCAUAGACAACGCGGGAACUGGCGGGUUCUGUUACUUUUGUUUCGAGUCGAAAGUGUUACAACCCGCUCAACUGACUCCUUUUAUUUAUUGUGGGAUAAUCCUGAUGUGUUCCCGCUCCAAGUUGUUCCUGGCGAGACAAGUUGGAGGCAACGUUACAAAGUUGCAGAUUUAUUCACAAAAGUUUAGUUAGUUCGCAUACUAACGUUAGCUUGAAGUUGAGGCAGCUACUGCUGUUAGCUAGCUAGCUAACGUUUUUCUUUGUUUUAAAAAAUACAGCGGUUUGUAUUAGAUGCUAGCUUUCUAGCUAGCUAACCCGAACAGAACUUGUGUGUCAUGGAAUCGUUUCAGAAAGUGGAAAAGAUUGGAGAAGGGACGUACGGAGUGGUGUACAAGGCAAAGAACAGAGUCACUGGAGAGACUGUUGCCCUCAAGAAAAUCAGACUAGACACGUAAGUGGUGUCUGACUGACAGCUAGGUUAGCUGGCUAUCGUUAGCCAGCUAAUUGUCACCCUGGCAAGUAGCUGGCUCCUCAGUUGCUUACUAGUUAGCUAACAUACAGUAGUUAGCUAUGUCGCUACCUAGUUAGCUAUGUCGCUACCUAGUAAGUUAUGUCGCUACCUAGUUAGCUAGCUAACUGUUAGUUACUUGACCUGAAUUGAUAACCAGUAAGUCUUGAAAGUAGGACGUGUUAUGCUAGCUAACUAGCUGGAUAGCUUAGCUAGCUAUAAAGCUUUGUAUGACAAACAAGUCACUGUCUUGACAGCUACUGCUAUUUUAUGGCAUUGGUCACACGGACUGUAACGUUAUCUUCUCAUAAGAAGAUCCAGCUAUUUAGAAGUAGAACUCGCAUGUAGAAUGGGAGGUAUUAUUAACUGUGCACCAUGUUAUACACAUUAAACGAUAGUGGAUGGGCCCCAUGCAAUGUUGAAAUUGAUUUUGCUGUCUUUGUGAAGAAAGGGAUGAUAUUGUGUGAUAUUAUGCCUUCUUCUUAGGGAAACAGAGGGAGUACCAAGCACUGCCAUCCGAGAGAUAUCCCUCCUCAAAGAGCUCAGCCACCCAAAUAUUGUCGAGUAUGUACCAUUGAGCUACAUGUUAUGUUAAACACCAGCUUUCUGUUAAAUUGUGCUUACAUUGACAUCUCUAUGUAUUUUAACACCGACAGGCUCCGUGAUGUCAUCCACACAGAGAACAAACUGUACCUGGUUUUUGAAUUCCUUCAUCAGGACCUCAAGAAGUUCAUGGACUCCUCCUCUGUCUCUGGUAUCGCUCUGCCACUUGUCAAGGUACGCACAUACUGCACUGCACACCCAACUUGUUUUGACUGAACAAAAAAAACAAUAGGUCUAUAAAGGAACGAGUGAUGCCAUUUAGUAGACACUUUUAUCCAAAGCAACUUAGUCAUGCAUGCAUAUAUUUUACGUAUGGGUGGCCCCAGGAAUUGAAUGCACAACCCUGAAGUUGCAAGUGCCAUGCUCUUAACAACUGAGCCAUACAGGACCACAGUGCUCCCACUGUGAUUUGAGACAUGCAUCAAAACAAUGUUUCGAUCCCACUUGGGUCUUUUGUCAGGUGGGCAUAUCAUCUAACUACUUUGCAAUGCUAUCAAGGUGAAAGACCCAAGUGAAAAGUACAUGUAUGGCAAUUGUUUGAAUAUUUACCAACUAACACAAUGUUUCUGUAUGUGUAAUGUUGUGGUUUUGUUUAUUACCAGGUCACAGCACAACUGUUGUCUGGAUUUGUAUGCCAAUGCUACAUACAUUUUGUCACCUGAAAUGAGAACAAUAUGGAAACCUACCAGGUUGUGUGACUGUCUGUCUCCCUAUGAAUCUAAUUAUGGUGUGUGUGUUUGCAGAGUUACCUGUUCCAGCUGCUACAGGGCCUGGCCUUCUGUCACUCCCACAGGGUUCUCCAUCGGGACCUGAAGCCCCAGAACCUGCUCAUCAACGCCCAGGGGGAGAUCAAGCUGGCUGACUUCGGCCUGGCUAGGGCCUUCGGGGUGCCUGUCCGCACCUACACUCAUGAGGUGAGGCAUACACUCACCAUACAGAAUACAUACCACACAGUAUUUUGCUGUGUGGUUUUUAGUUGGUCAAUGGCUAGCAAUAUGAGUGUUUUAGUGUUUCACUUGUUAUGCUCCUGUAAGCAUCUCAAAUGAUUUCUGAGCCCAUGAUAGGGAAACUAACAUGUAUUAACAUUUCUCAGGUGGUAACUCUAUGGUACCGAGCUCCAGAAAUUCUCUUGGGCUGCAAAUACUACUCUACAGCUGUUGACAUCUGGAGUUUGGGGUGCAUCUUUGCUGAAAUGGUAAAUCUAUUAUCUGGCUAUAAUAUUUUGCAGCUUUAACGUUAAUGAAGCAAGGUCUCACUCCAAACCUUCCAAUUCGUUCUUCAGAUCACUAGGAGGGCCUUGUUUCCAGGUGACUCCGAGAUCGAUCAGCUGUUCCGAAUCUUCCGUACCCUGGGUACUCCAGAUGAGGCGGCCUGGCCAGGGGUCACCUCCAUGCCCGACUACAAGCCCUCCUUCCCAAAGUGGGCCCGGCAGGAGCUGUCCAAAGUGGUGCCCCCUCUGGAUGAGGACGGGAGAGAGCUGCUCGGGGUGAGAACUCUAACCACAUUGACCACUUUAAUUAUGUUUUCGGAUUGGGCUGGUACCAAUAAGGUUAAUAAAAUAUAAUGAAUUGAAAUUACUGAUCAGAGCUUCACACUUUGCUGUCACUGGCCGAUUAAACAUUUUUAAUAGAUUAUGUCCCUUCUUAUGACGUAUUUAUUAUUCUUCCAGCAAAUGCUGACCUAUGACCCAAACAAGAGGAUAUCUGCUAAAAAUGCCCUCGUCCAUCGGUUCUUCCGCGAUGUCACCAUGCCAAUGCCACACCUACGACUGUGAGACAUGCAGACUGACAGGGACAAUACAUAGCCCAGGGUCUUUCCAUGAGAUACCUCUGAGCAUAAGGACUGCCCCAGCUCUUAUCCACACCUGAAUAGUACAGUCCAGGAGAUGGGAGAGAUCACAGGGAAAUAUGGGUGCCGUUCCAAAAAUCAUUCCGGCAGCCAAAAGCAGCAUUUUAUAAAUUAGAUGUCCUGUGAGUUUUUUUUCUCUACAGCUAUGAGUGCUUGUUAUGUAAUGGAGAAUGGAUUGGAAAACUCCACAAUUGUUUCAGCAUUCAAUUUGUAUUGAAGGGGUUAACAUGGUUUGGGAUGGGGGGAGGGGUU